AUGCGCAUCCGAUUCAAUGAGGACGAGGUGUACAAACAGCAAACUAUCCAGACUCUGUGUGCGACUCAUUUUUCUGUAGGUGUUCGUCUAUGCUUGUAUUCCAAUAGACCGCUAGUUGAGGCUUGUAAUGCGCGCCUGAUUCACUUGUUUCUGGAACAACCAAGAUGGAAUUUAGAGGUGGAAGAGGAAAUUACCCGCCUCGCAUCUUGUAUGUUGCAGUCCCACGACACUUCAAAAUCGGAUUUGUUACAGUUCUGCGAAGAAACACUGUAUCCGUCGAUCCAAGACCUACCGGCCUUGCGCCUAUUAUUCAGUCUAAUAGCGGCUGCCGACGCCUGUUCGAAUCAGACCUGUCUGCUUGACGAAAUUCCUGUGGACACACAUCAAUCGAUAUUGACUCUGUUUACCUCCUGUCCCAACUGCACUCGUCUUGCGGAGCAAAUUGGAUAUGCGCGUUUUAUCCAGUUAUUAAAAUCACCCUUCUCACAGGAAACGAAUGGUUGGCGACAUCACGAGUUAUCAGUCUAUUUGAUCACAGAACAGAUGGCUGGGACAGUUGCCAAGAUGCUGUCUCUUUUCCCCGCGACCAUUGAAUCUCGACUAUCUCCCGGUGACCUUUAUGCUAUGUACAGUUUGAAUACCCUUCAAAGUGAAUCUUCUUUCCGGCAAUUUCAAGACAAGUCUUCCACGCUUCGUCCUUUGUUGCAGAACAUUUGUCUCCCAAUGGAUGUGGAUUCGUUUGAGCGCUUACGAAAUUGGGUGUAUGAGUUCGUUUUCAACAAAAUGAGUAACCAACUGACAGUUGAACAACGACGUUGGGUUCUGGCGGAAACAGCCGAUUUUUUGAGAAGCGGAACCGAAUUGCCGCCAGAAACCGAGGAACUGCGACAGAAAGUGCUAGAACAAAUCCGAUUGAGUCUCACUCAGUUCGACUCCGUCGUGCGUCAUCUAUCAUUCGUUCCGUUUCCACGCAAAUCUGCUCCUGAAAAGCAAACUGAACCUGAUCGGCCUUCGCCCUCUGGGUUUUACGCUCAAUUUCUCAUCCUCACACCUGGACUGGAGUCACAAGCCAUCGAUCUUUUGGAACAACUAAUUGAGACGGUCUCCUCCUCGGAUCAAUUUGAAACAGACGGGGGGAACAUUGUGAACGACAAGAUGGAGUGGUUCGCCAAUUAUCUCCCCUUGUGCCUCCAUGUCCUACAGCUCUCCUCUUGUGUAAGCGAUUAUCAAAAGAGCAUCGUAAACCAGGGAUUUUUAUGCACUCCGUUGAGUCUUUCGUUCCAACCAAUGAGUGUAGUUCACGUCCGAUUUGUGUCCAAGUAG